GCUCAUAUUAAUAUAACCCGCCAUCCUCGAUCCAACCCUACCUACUUUCCCGCUCACACACACACUCACUCACUCACAACCCGCCUUGUGCGACUAGACGAAAAAUAAAAGAGCUCACGCGUUUCCCCACCGAUAAUAGUAGCGUCAUGAUGGGAGGACCGCCGUAGCCACUCCCCUCUCCGGGGCGGUGGCGUCGAAAAAAAUGUCACGCCCUCUUCCCUCACAAUCCCUGCGGCUGGGUGAUCUCGAUGCAACCCGUCUGGGCGCUAGAAGUGGCAGAGGAGCGAGUUUUUGUGUCGCACUCGUCGCCGGUGUGAAGGCGAAAGUUGGUGGGAUGGGGUUGGAUUGGCAUCCCACUCGCGGGGGCUGGAAGAUAAGCUCCGGGGUCGGUGAAGCGAACGAUGGAACUUGGCGGCUGGUUCAUGAUUGUGGGAAAAGGCGGGAGAAUGGCGUUUUCCAGAACACGUCGACGGCGGAAUGGGCGAAACUCUGGGGUGCAAGUCGGCAAUGGCUCUACUCUCUCUGUUGUCUCGCUCGUCGCAUCGCAGCGCAUCGCAUCGCAUCUCAACUCCCACCCACACAGAGCCCCCUGUCUGGCGAUGGUGCACAUACUGCAGCCUCCCUCACUGCACAGCACACACCGCACUGCAGACUCUGCACACACGAACGGCACAGACAGAAAACCGAGCUCGGCAGGCGAACUGGUGGAGAGAUAAGAGCUUUGCUCUGGGCUUAUCCCUUUCUCGAUGGCCUCCAGUAGUACGCACCAUCCCACCAUCCAACCAGUCCCCGUCCGUCCUCCCACACCCGCUCGCACCUUAUCGGCCUGAGCUGCCUCUUUCAACC